GUGUUGCACGGUGUUUACACUUGUUUACGUUCGAAAUGUCGGUGGGACUAAUAGGCGCUUUUGAAAUGCGGAGUGCUGCGUGGGCGUCCUACGUGGAUCGGCUCGAGAUGUACUUCGUUGCCAACGGAAUCAAGCCGGAGGUUCAGCUGCCGACAUUGAUCGCAGUAAUGGGGGAGGAAGCCUAUGAGCUCUUAGUAAAUUUGGCUAGUCCCAAGAAACCUUCUGAGCUCAAGUUCAAGGAGGCGGUGGACUUAAUGCAACAACACUUGGAACCGACGCCUUCCGUGCUGGCCGAACGAUAUAAGUUCAGGCAGCGCAGACAGACCACCGAGGAAAAUGUAUCGGAAUACGUGGCGGAACUUAAGAAAUUAUCACGGUACUGUGUGUUUGGAAGCAACCUCAACGAGAAUCUGCGUGAUCAAUUUGUGUGUGGCCUCCGCAGUGAUGUCAUACGGCAGCGCCUAUUCGCCGAAGACGACUCUUUGUCCUAUACGAAGGCAGUUAAAAUAGCAAGCACGUUGGAAGCGGCAGAGCGGGAUGCGGCGGCAGUUGAGAAGCCUCUGGACGGCGGCAGUCAAGCAAUACAAGCAGUGAAUGCGAUAAGUCAUGGCGGUGAGCGUGGUGUUCUUCCCAGGGUGAUAAGAGGCAAGGGAGCGCGGGACAGCGCACCUGGUUGGCGUGGAGGAGCGACGAGCGGACAGAGCGGGACACUAGGUGCGGAGAGGUGGCGUGGCGGUGCGGCCGCAGACGAGAGGGUCGGAAGCCGGUAUGCAGUUUGUACAGGCUGCGGGUCGUCGGAUCACCGGUAUGCAGUAUGUCGGUUCCGUAAUUAUAUGUGCAGCUGGUGCAGGCGGAAGGGACAUUUACGGCGCGCGUGUCCCGAGCGCGGCGGACGUGGCUCCGGCGGACAGCGGGCCGGCGACCGUGCCUUGCUGAAUUACGCGGGAGCAGAAGACCUCAGUGAGGAGAGCCUGGAGGAGAACUUCCACCACCUCUGCCUCAACGAUUACAGACCGGUAUAAGGAAUUAUUCAGUGGCGGACUCGGUCGCUUUACGGGUGGCC